UAUUGGCAUCCAUCCUUGAAAUAUUUCUGAAUGUCUCUAACGAAGAAAGGAAUACCUCGAUUGUUGUUGAAUAUCUAGAAGCUCUGUCAAAAGUUCCCAGACUUGGCACGAUGAUACUGUUUCUGAGUGAAGGAGAACGUAUGGUGCUGCGGAGGUUAGUAGAGAGGGUAGGCGUAGAUAAAGUGGACGCGGUGUGGCGAAAAGCGUAAUAUAAUUGCAGCAUUCGGCAAAUGCCGACACCCUGUCUGUUCGCGACCACGUUGUAGUAACCUGUUUUGCCGCGACCACAAUGAGCUUCCAGGAUAUCGAAGCAGGCUACUCCCAUCCUGCCACCACUGCGACGUCGUCUGUACCAAAGUCAAGCGAAGAUGCCGCAUUUCUUUCACUUCAGUCGUCGCUUUCGCUGCAAGUAUUCAAGAUGAACGCCAACGUACAAGGCAUCCUCAAGCUCGUCGACCAGCUGGGAACGGCGAAGGAUUCUGAUAUCCUCAGGAAGAGCCUACAUGAUUUGACAGAGAGCACCCGAGCAAUGGCCAAACGCGGUUCCGAGGACCUCAAGAAACUGGCCGCGCAGCAAUCGGGUCUUCCUCACCAGCGCACGUCACUCCAGAAGACCUCCCAUGAUUUCCAGAUGUCAUUGGCUGCAUUUCAACGGGCACAACAAGUCAGUGCCGAGCGUCAGAGGACUGUAGUCGAGGGCGUCAGAUUAGCAGUCGAGGAGGAACAUCAACUUGAUGAUGAGCACACCAACUCCCCAGAACAACGCCAAGCUUUGCUACUUCAGAACCAGCUGUCCCCCCACGAACUCGCGUAUCAAGAAUCUCUAAUACAAGAAAGGGAAAACGAUAUUCGAGAGAUUGAGACAGGCAUUCACGAGUUGUCAGAAAUAUUCCGUGAUUUGGGCACCCUGGUUGAGCAACAGGGUGGACUGCUUGACAAUAUCGAAUCCAACAUGUCCUCAAUAGCUGUCGACACCACGCGAGCAUCUGAAGAACUCACUACAGCUGCUGAAUACCAACGUAAAGCCGGGCGGAGAGCUGCCUGUCUCAUGAUCGUACUUGUCAUCGUGGUAGCGAUCGUCCUAUUAGCAGUCUUGUCGUAACACGUUUGGAGACAUGCAUAUGCGUUUUUAUACUUGCUAUCAAGGAAGGACUUUGAGUUAUAUUAUAUACUAUUAUUAGUGGACAUUGGGUGACUUCGUG